AUGAGUGAGACAUAUACGCAUCUUAAUCUGUCCGUCCCGAGCAAAACUUUACGCGGGCAGUCAAAGCUGGUCCCUCUGCCGUCAAGCAACGACGUGUGGAGUUCUCCAUCCGAUCAAAAUGCACCCUCGAACUCAUCUUUGGUGGAAAUCCCACCAGGUAGCGAUCUCGCUUCGCCAAGUCAACCGCUGCAGUCACUGUCACACUUUCGCAUAGAGGUCGAUCUGCAACAGGCUUUGGAUGCGUACGCUACAUCAGGCAUGGCUGCUUCCGAGAUAUAUAACGGCGUCUUCUCCACUGCAGACGAGCCGAUACCUAACGAGAGUCUCAGCACGUUCCCAGAUAUGCUCUCUGCGGGAAUAAAGCUACAGUCUAGCGGCUUUGGUCUAGAUACCUACAGUGCAGUCCACCGCGCCAAGUACCAUAUGUACGAGGUGAACGGCUACUGGCCCGUGAUAUACCGGAUCAUCCUGAACGGGUCGGCAGACACCGAACUGCUCCCCUACGGCCCGCUGUUCUUUGAGUCGGUGACUGCAUUUCUGUCUGACGCCAAUAUAGCGCUUUGCGUAUGUCGACCGAAAGCCUGGUUUCUAUGUGCGAGUAUGUACACUAUAUCGAUGGCCGCACUGAGAGCUACGGAUGUCCAACCUCUACGAUUGCUCGUGCAUACAGGGCUUUGGGAGCAGCUUCAAGUUACGGUUGAUGCAUUGCAGAAAUAUGGCGAACUCAGUCCGUCGGUACGGUAUAUGUGGGACUCUUUGAGGGAGCGACUCAGUGAAGCCAGGGGUUAG